AUGAACGAGCCUGACAGGACAUAUGCUACACAGCCGGCCUCUUUUGACCGCCCUUGGCAAUCAGACAAUGCGAGUUUGUCAGUCGAGGAGGAAGACAGGCUGUUGAACUUGCUGUUUCCAGACCAGCAGUCGCAGGUCUCUACGUCAUCUGUUACCACGAAUCUGUUCGGAGAAGACACAUUGACCUACGACACAUUGACCUACGACACAUCUCUACCAGCAGGCGACACUGGUAUUUUCGAUGCACCCGGCGGGCAUCCGACGGCAGAUCUUGACCCAUGCACCAACCAGGAGAUCAAUCUCCUCGACAGACCACAGCCUGUUACUCUGAAUGACCAUGAGGGAAACACAUACCCUGCAGCUGGCGCACAUCCCUCCGCGACUUGGGGUCCGACUCGAAGCCCAAAGGACCCAAUUCGUUGUUGGUUACACGGCUGUGGUGGACGUACCUUUUCAAGUCUCAGCAACUAUCGCAGGCACUGCAAGGAGAAGCGUACACACAAGAUCUCCUGCAGUCGCUGCGGUAGAAAGUUCUCCCGUAAGGCAGCUCGCAACGAGCAUUUUGACCAGAUGCGCUGCAUCGUGACGUCCUUCGACACCAACGAUGUUCCAUAA